GGGAUAAGAUUUCAAAUUUUAAAAAAUAAGAAAAUUAAAAUUUUCAAAGAAUAAACUUAGAAAAAUGCUAUUUUGGUCAUUUUAGUUUUUGAGUGUUUUUUUGUGAUAUAAAUUUAGAAAGGUGCUAUUUUGGAGAUUUGACCUUUUAAAUAUCACCGAUGUCAUUAACUUUUAUUUGUUUACCAAAAAAAAUCAUUUUAAUCAACCAUCAAUAUGUAAGAGUGUAUAUAGCUAGUCGAAUGUAUCAAAAGCUAUUGUGUUGAACUGUUGACAAAUAUUGCUGUCGUGGAAUGCAUGUGCCCAAAGUUUACUUUUUGUUUUUUUCGUCUUUUAUUGUAUUUAUAAUUUACAAUGAGUCUAUGUUAACUAGAAUGGACGUGUUAAAAAGUCAUACCAACCCAUUUAUCAUACACGUUUCCAAUCAUUAAUCUAUGCCUAAAAUCCAAUUAAAUUACUCUAACAUCUCUGUAAACCAUCUUUAUCUCGUAUACUUUUAUUCGUACCGUUAUCAAUGGAUGGUUACUUGUGAAUUGUUUAACUGACCAUUUACACAUAUUUCGACUCUCUUGAAAAAUUUUGAAUCAUAAGGAUCAAAAUUAGUUUUUGACAAAAGAUUAUGGGUCCCAUUGUUGUUAGGACUUCGAGGGUUUUGUGAGAUUAGAAAGUGUUUAAAGCUUUUUUUUUAUCAAUCAUGUUUUUUUUUUUAAAAUUAAACACUCUAAGAGCAUCGGUAUCGGGGGCCUUAGGCCCGUCCCGUUGUUUUAAAUGGGUCGAUAAUAAAUGAAAAAGAAAUUAAAAGAGAGUGGGACGGGCCUUUAGUAAGGGCUGUUCGGGCUCGUCCCGUAGGCGACGUGGCAACACGGAAGUGGGCGAUGGAAUCCGUGUUGUUCGGCUGUUGUUCUCCUCGAGAAUUCCGAAAUCGAAAAAAAAAAAAAAUCAAAAGCUCGAUGGCGAUGGCGAAGGCGAUGGCGAAGCCUUGAUCUCCAAAUCCAUCUCUUCAAAUCGAAAGCCAACCCUGUGUCUUCUCUCUUUCACUGGAGUGGGAGAUCUCUUUAUCUCCCUUGGCGAGGUCGCAGCUUCCGGCGUCGUUUGAUCCCCGAUCCUCCUCCAAAGCUCAAUCCACAUCGGUUCGCUUCCGUUCCAAUACGACGAGAACCAAUCCUCUCCAAAACCUUUGAGAAUCGUCCCAACAACAAAAAAAAAAAAACAAGGUUUGUUUUUCAAGUCCGAUCUGAAUUUAAAUUUUUUUUUUUAGGGUUUUGUCGAAAUUCGACGAAUAAAAUGGUAUUUAUCCGAUGUUGUAUGAUGGUUUAGUUGGUAAAAAAACAUCCUUGUUCGGUUCAAAUUUCUAUGUGUAUACUAAAUCGUCUUCAAACACGAAGGAGCCAUGGUGUUUCAUGUCACUCCUUUUGGUCCUAGAAGUUGUGAGAUUCAGUAUACACAUCCUCACAUCAUUAAGGAAGAAGCCGACGCGGAUGAUGCUCCUUCUUUCUCAUUCGACUACUAUUUUUUGGCUGAGGUCACUGCUUCAAAUCUAAAAGAAGACAAACUUUAUCUUCCUAUGGAAGCUACGACUUCUACUGCUUUGAACAAACAAUGCCAAGAGAUAUUACUUGUGAACAAAGAGGGAAAUUCAUGGACUGUGAGUUUACGAUUUAGCGAAUCAGACGGCAUGUAUUACAUCAGAAGAGGCUGGAGAAAGUUCUGUCUUGAUAACAGAUGCGCCAUAGGAGACUUAUUUGUGUUCAAUGUGGUUGGAGAUGGGAAAACUACUCCAUUAAUGUGUGUAUGUCCGGAAAGGAAAGAGUGUUCUGAACUACUGAUCAAACACUUGAGUAGAAAGAAUGGUGAGUCUUCUCCAUUGACUUCCUUGACACGUCUUUAACUUGCUUGUUAUUUCUUUUACUACAUUGCUUCUGCUUUAACUUGUUUUGUCUUGUUCUGCAGGUCACAUUGCUUCUACCUCACGGGUGAUUUAGGGGUGAUUGUGACCGGAAAUAGAUAUCUCUUUUGCUGUGGUUCCUCUCUAUCAAACUUGUUUCCUUUUGUUUCAUUAGCUAGUUAUCUCUUUCGGUUUGUUUUGUCUCUAUCAAAACUUGUUUCCUUUUCUUUCCUUUUGGUACUGCUGUAAAUUCUUGUUGUAAUCUUGUUGCUACAACUCGAAGUUGCCACAAGUGUAAUCAUGUGAACCAAGUGUAAUUUUGAACAAGUUGUAAGCUCGGUCUCAUUACUGCUU